GUCCUCGUGGGGCUGGGACCGCCCCCCCCCCAAUCCGCAGCAGGGCGACGGCGACGGGGAGCCGCCCGGGCAGGCUGCAAGCAAGCAGCCCCGCCGCCAGUUUCGGGCGGGCUGCUGCUGCCGCCUCCGUCCGGCCCCGGGGAGGAGGCGCUUCGGGAGCUCCCGCCAGGGGGCGCCGGCGAGCUCCGACGCCUCCCAGGCCGCCCCCCUCCUGCGCGGCGGAGGCGGCGGCUGGACUACAGCUCCCGUCACCCCCCAGCAGCACUGGCUGCCCCACAACCGCAGGCGAGCCUAACCCCCCCCGCCCCCCCGCCCAAGAGCUUUAUUUGUCCAGGUUCACGGGAGGAAUCUCUUGCGGGCGGGGCGGGGCGGGGCAGAGACAGGCAGAGGGCCCCGCCUAGGGAGCCGGCGGCCGCUCCUUCCGGGCCAAACUGCGCCUGCGCCCCUCCUGUCGCUAGGCAACGGCUUCCCGGCAGGAGGCGGGCAGGGCGCCGCUGUCGUGUCGCCUUCUUGAUGACGCCAUCAGCCUGCGCAGCUCUUCGCUCACCGCGGCCCUGAGGAGGGGAACGAGGAGGAGGAAGAGGAGCAGCCGCCGACCGCCGACUGCCGCCCCCCCGCCAUGGCCAGCCUCGGCAGCGCCCUCCGCCGCCCCCGCCUGGAGACCUCCGUCCCCGCAAGCCUCUCCCGUCUUUGCACUCCUGGGUCUCCGGACGUGCCCCCCAUCUUCAUGGAUGUCGCCUGGCCCCUUCCUUGCAAGCCCAGCUCUCUGGCUGCUGUGUAGAAGGCGUGAGGCCUGAUGCCUGUCAUCCCCAUCCCGCGGCGGGUCCGGUCUUUCCACGGCCCCCACACGACAUGCCUGCACUCGGCCUGCGGGCCGGUCAGGACCACCCACUUGGUGCGCACCAAGUACAACAACUUCGAUCUCUACCUGAAGUCCCGCUGGAUGUAUGGCUUCAUCCGUUUCUUGCUGUACUUCAGCUGCAGCCUGUUUACCUCCAUCCUGUGGGUGGCACUCUCUCUCUUGUUUGGCCUCCAGUACCUCAGCAUCCGGGUCUUCCUCCGCUUCCAGUACAAGCUCUCCAUCAUCCUGCUCUUGCUGGGAAGGAGGCGGGUGGACUUCAGCCUCCUCAAUGAACUGCUCGUCUACGGCAUCCACGUCACCAUGCUGCUGGUCGGGGGGCUGGGCUGGUGCUUCAUGGUCUUUGUGGACAUGUGAAUAAAGCCGGGGCAUGUCGGCCCAGGAGGUGCA